AUGCAGCGAGGAAGAAGAUAUACAAAGGGAACUUCGAGAACCGCCAUUUCCGAAGGCAGGCAAGCCGUCUCUUUAUUAACGUACAGAUUCUGCGCUGUCAUCAAGCGCGACGUUCAACAGUAUUACGAGACCAUCUCCACCCGCAUCGUGCAUACCUUCUUCGAUUGGUUCCUCAACCAGAAGGUCGGUAAGGACGGCAGGAAGAAACGUGGAAUCAAGAAGAAAAGCUCGCUGGGCACAUACUGGAAGGUCUUUCGACUCGUGUUCGAGAGAGCUGUCUUACGACGUCUAUCGAAGAGGCACGGUCUAGACGACCAGCGGCGAGCCAAUCGCUGUAUGGUGAUGGAAGACCUGAUGCAGCAGAAUGAGACCACGCUUAGUACGACAAAGAAGUCCUUCAAACUCGAGGAGAUGCGCAUCCUUGCCGUACUCUUUCUCCUCCUGCUAACCCCUGCUGGUCCUCGGCCAACGGCGACGCUCAACCUACGAUUCAUGGACAUUCGGGUCGCUUUGGCAAGGGACCCAGAGGGCGGGCCACAUAAGCUUCUUCUACGGUUCACCCCUGAAUUCACCAAAACCUACCUCAGCGAAAGGAACAGUGGGAAAACAUUCACGAUCCCCGAAACCAUGUUUGAUCCGUCCUUGCUCUUCAGCCCCCACGUUUUCCUAUUGGGCAUCAUUUUCCGUCACCGAGCUUUUCGUGCAUCAAGUCCACCUUCGCCACAUCAUCUUCAAAGCCUUGACAUACAUCCUGCUGAGCGAGAGCUUCCCUUACCAUUAAGGGAGGACCUUGACCAGACCUUCAUUUUUCGUCGAGCUGUCGAGACGUUGACGGGCUAUCAGAUAUCCCAUAACGAACGCAUAUCUUACAGCAUGAUGGCGGCCUGGAUCAAGAGAAUCGGUAAACUUAUGGGGCUCGAGGACCCUACGAUAGCCUACAAUCUGCACAACAACGCUGCCAAUGCGUUUGAUCAGAGUGUCGACGUCAGCGAGGCUUUGAGAGAUUUAGCCAUGGGACGCAGCAACCCCGACCCUUUCCAGAGGCACUAUCUUGGGCAAAACAUCUCUGCUGAUCUCUGGGGCAUCGUCCGUGGACAGAAGCCCCAGCAGGCACUUCUCAAGCAGUCUUGCAGCGUUGGCCACUCCAUCUCCCAGCGCCGUCCGAUCGACCUGACGGCAGAGCAGUCUGCCUCUGUUGCGACGCAUCCGACCAUAAGAGCGCUUACGAAAGCUAUUCAGAAACUGCCUCUGGACUCCAAAGAAUCUAGAAGGAUGGUGCGCAAGGAAAAGGAGAGACUCAGGAGAGAUCUGAAACAGCAAAUCAGGGACUAA